AUGCCGUGGCUGAGCGGCGGCCGGCGGCGACGGCGGGGACAGCCGCGGGAAGCCCCGGGGGAGCCGCCGCCGGCCGCGCAGCCCCAGCGGGAGCCCCCGCCUCCGCCGGCGCCUCCCGACGCGCCCCCCACGCUCCCCGCGCCCUCUGCGCCGCCGCCGCGAGCCCGGGAGAGCGCCGAGCUGCCGCUGCCCGCCGGCUGGGAGGAGGCGCGCGACUAUGACGGCCGCGUCUUCUACAUCGACCACAACACGCGCCAGACGUCGUGGAUCGACCCCCGUGACCGGAUAACAAAACCACUGACCUUUGCCGAUUGUGUUGGGGAUGAACUUCCUUUAGGAUGGGAAACUGUAUAUGAUAAACAAAUUGGAAUUUAUUACAUGGACCACAUAAAUAAACUGACCCAGAUCGAAGAUCCAAGAGAACAGUGGCGGCGAGAGCAGGAACGGAUGUUGAAGGAAUAUUUAGUUGUAGCCCAGGAGGCUCUCAAUGCCAAGAAAGAGAUCUACCAGAUUAAGCAGCAGCGGUUCGAGCUGGCUCAGGAAGAAUACCAGCAGCUGCACAAGAUGUGCGAGGAUGACAGCCGCUCACAUGCCAGCUCCUUCUCUGGAUAUUCGACAAAUACAAAGUAUGACCCACACCAGAUUAAAGCAGAAAUAGCGAGUCGUCGGGACAGGCUUUCCAGAUUAAAACGCGAGCUGACCCAGAUGAAGCAGGAACUGCAGUACAAAGAAAAGGGGGUGGAGACCCUGCAAGAGAUUGAUCGUAAGAUGUCAAGUGCUCACACCAACUACAAACUGGAUGAGGCCCAGGCUAUCAUGAGUGAGCUCCGGACCAUCAAGAAAGCCAUUAGUACCGGCGAGAAGGAGAGGCGGGACCUGGUGCAGAGCCUGGCCAAGCUCACCGGCGGCUUCAAGAACAGCUGCUCUGUCGCCAACACCCUGCAGGAUUUCCCUCGCGACCCCGGCUUACCUCCACAGUUCUGCGACGCCGGCUCCCAGACCGAUGUCAUCGGGGAGUUUGUCUUUGAUGAUAAAACAAGACUCGUAGACCGAGUCAGACUUAACUGGCAGUACGAAGAAGCCAGAAAGAGAGUCUGGAAUAUCCAGCAGCAGCUGGCCCAGCUUGACAAUGAGUCCUGGCCGGGCAUGGCUGAGGCGGACAGGGACCGGCUGCAGCUGAUCAAGGAGAAGGAAGCCCUGCUUCAGGAACUGCAGCUCAUCAUCCAGCAGCGGCAGGCAGCGGGAGACGUGGAGCGGCUGGAGGAGGAGCGGAGGCGCCUGGAGGAGGAGAUCCAGCGCGCGCGGGCCACAUCCGCACAGGGUGCCACCGAGAGGAUUUUACUUCAGGAAAAAAGAAAUUGUCUCCUUAUGCAGCUGGAAGAAGCUACCCGCUUAACAUCCUAUCUCCAGUCCCAGUUAAAAAGCCUGUCUGCUAGCACCCUGACGGUGUCCUCGGGGAGCAGCCGCGGGUCCCUGGCCUCCAGCCGCGGGUCCCUGGCCUCCAGCCGCGGAUCGCUGAGCUCAGUCAGCUUCACUGACAUCUACGGCCUCCCGCAGUACGAGAAGCCCGACGCCGAGUGCGGCCAGCUGCUGCGCUUCGACCUCAUCCCCUUUGACUCCCUGGCGCGGGAGGCCCCCUUCUCAGACCCCGCAGGCCACUCGGCCUUCCACAGGCAGAGGCGGUCCCUGGACACGCCACAGUCCCUGGCCUCGCUGUCCUCCCGCUCCUCCCUGUCCUCUCUGUCGCCCCCAAGCUCACCCUUGGACACCCCCUUCCUCCCGGCCUCCCGGGACUCGCCUCUGGCGCAGCUGGCGGACAGUUUUGAGGUGCCAGGCCUGGGCGCCCUGGACAGGCUGCGGGCUCAGGCCUCUGCCCUGGGGGACGAAGACUUGCAGGGCUCGGCGUCCCUUCAGCUGCAUGGAUUCCCCGGGGAUGGGGAAGGACCGCGCGAGCGAGGACCCCAAUUGGCAGGCGCUCCCACGGGUGGAACAGUGACUCUUCGAGAAGACAGCGCCAAGAGGUUGGAGAGGAGAGCACGCCGUGUCUCUGCGUGCCUGUCGGAUUAUUCGCUGGCGAGUGACAGCGGGGUAUUUGAACCUCUAACCAAAAGGAAUGAAGAUGCUGAGGAGUCUGCAUAUGGAGACGCGAGCACUAGCGAAGGUCCCCACAUCCACGUGGGAUAUUUGCACGACAGUGCCAGCGAAUGUCUCCUCGUGCAUGUGCUCCAGCUGAAGAACUUGGCCGGGCUGGUUGUGAAGGAAGACUGCAGAAUCCACGUCCGCGUCUACUUGCCCCCGCUCAACUCCAGCACGCCCACCACGUACUGCUCCAAGGCCCUGGAGUGGCAGGCGCCGCUGCUGUUCAACGAAGUGUUCAGGAUCCCCGCGCAUUCCAGCUCGCUGACGCUGAAGUCCCUCCAGCUCUACGUGUGUGCGGUGAACCCGCAGCUGCAGGAGGAGCUGCUGGGCAUCGCUCAGAUCAACUUGGCUGACUACGACAGCUCAAGUGAAAUGCAGCUGCGCUGGCACCCCGUCCAGGUCUUCACCAGCUCUGAGCUGCCCAGGACUGGGGAGAGUGCCGCACGAGACCCCAUGCACACUGUCGCUGGAAAGACGGAUGCAGUGUCAGUGCUGCUGGCCAGAACCACGGCCCAGCUGCAAGCGGUGGAGCGAGAGCUGGCUGAGGAGCGGGUGAAGCUGGAGUACACCGAGGAGGAGAUCCUGGAGAUGGAGCGCAAGGAAGAGCAGGCCGAGGCCGUGUCCGAAAGGAGCUGGCAGGCUGACUCGGUUGACAGCGGCUGUAGCAACUGCACCCAGACCAGUCCCCCGCACGUGGAGCUCUGUUGUGUCACUAUUGACUCCAUCCACAGACACGUGUUUGCUGGCCACGCGGACCCUUACAGCCCAGAGAAACUCCAGUCCCUGCCGCUGAAGGUUGACAAGGAAACCAACACAGAGGACGUCUUCCCAGAAGCAGCAGCGAGCCCUCUUCUGAAGGAGCGGCCGGGCCGCCGGGUCCGCGGGUCGCCUUUUGUUCGGAGCAGCACAAUCGUCCGGUCUCAGACCUUCUCACCCGGAGCGCGAAGCCAGUACGUUUGCAGACUUUAUCGUAGUGACAGCGACAGCUCAACACUGCCCCGGAAGUCCCCCUUUGUCCGAAAUACUUUGGAAAGACGAACCCUUCGGUAUAAGCAGUCCUGCAGGUCUUCCGUGGCUGAGCUCAUGGCCCGCACCUCCCUGGACCUGGAGCUGGAUCUCCAGGCGUCGCGUACGCGGCAGAGGCAGCUGGACGAGGAGAUAUGCGCCCUUCGCGAGCUGAGGCAGCGGCUGGAAGACGCCCAGCUCCGAGGCCAGACCGACCUCCCGCACUGGGUGCUCCGGGACGAGCGCUUCCGCAGCCUGCUGAAGGAAGCCGAGCGGCAGACAAGACAGACCAAACUUGACUACCAUCAGGAACAGGCAGCUGAGAAGAUGCUGAAGAAGGCCUCCAAAGAGAUCUACCAGCUGCGAGGGCAAAGCCACCAGGAGCCCGUCCAAGUGCAGACCUUUAGGGAGAAGAUAGCAUUUUUUACAAGACCAAGGAUUAACAUACCUCCUCUCCCAGCCGACGACGUUUGAUGUCGUGCAUUGUGCACAUGAAGUAUUUAUCUGUCUGUUUUAUUUUCAUGAAGUACUUAGACUAGCUAAAUUUGUCUUUAAAAUAUUUGUGCAAAGCUAUUAAUAUACACAUUUUGUAAAAAAAAAAAACCCCAAAACACAUAUAUCUAUACAUAUAUAUUUUAUAAUAGCGACGGCAACAGGGCUUGGUUUUUCCUUGUUGUAAAAUCGACAUCUCUGAAGACAGGUUAUUUUAUUAAAAAAGAUCAACUAUCAUGUUAAGAGUGUACAGUUUUUACGCUGUUUUAUUUGACUUAAAGGCUGGAAGACAGAAACGAAGUGAGUUCAGGCAAAUUCACUGUAUUGUAAUUUAUUUAUAGUACUUUUUUUUUUCCUUGAAGGAAAAUACUGACUUUAAAAUGUAUUUUAAGACUGAAAUUUUGUUCUUCAGUAUUUGUCAUGCAGUAGAAUGGAACUUGGGGCCGGUUUUAUUUCUGACACCCGAAGUGCAAAGACUAUGUGCUAAAUUUGUCGAUCGUAUCAGCUUCUCUUGUGCAUUUACCAUGAAUAUUGUACACUUUCACUCUCUCUGUGUUAUGUUAAAAUAUCAACUGUGGUGGUUCCAUGCAAUUCACGAGCUGCGUAUGCUUUGCAGAGCUCCGUGUUUAAUGUGUACUGUGCGCUGAUCGCUCCUUAUUUCUAUAUUGUCUACUAAUGCAUCUUUCCAUGCUUACCAUGAGUCCAAAGCAGGUGACAGAGCCUCCGGCGUCCCGGGUUUCCGCCCGCCUGUCCACGGUGGCUGUGCACACCGCCCCCGCUUGUCAGACCAUGCGCAGCGCUGCUGUUGCCAUCCGCUCUGAUUGCAGCAGACCGGGGGUGGUGGUGAAACUCCUGCGGUACUACUGUUUCAUGAAGGAAAGUGAAGAGAGAGCUAGCAACGCGCAUUUUCAGCCACCCUGCUGGUGAAUAUAGAGUGAGGACAGAGACGUGAUGACCUCUGAAGUGCUUUUGUUGUGGAGGGAAGGACAUGUGGGUAACUGGAAUUACCCAGCGAGUCACUUACAGGAGAGUAUUUGACUGAAGUCAGAAUGCCCCCAUACUGGGGUCUACCCAGUAUUCCUCAAGAAAUCAUAGAACUAGCUCAUGAGGAGAAAAAAAUUUUAACAUAAUAAAAAUAUGCCAUUAUUCUUUUAAAUGCCAAAUGAUAUAAAGAUUUUGCCUAGUACAUAUUUAUUCUAUGUGAGAUGCACUCCUUCCCGUGGCCUUGGGUGAGAAGGCAAGGCGGGUCACAGGCCAUGUCAGAGACAGCAGAGCUGUCGGCCCUUGUCUCUCUUACCCACCCUUGCAAAUGUCCCUUUGAAUGGGGUCUUCCUCUUCCCAUCAACCUGUCAUCUCCCUGCUUGUAUGCCCUGCUUUCCUUUUUUCAUUUAUAAAAAUUGAAUUUUGUAAAAGCAUUUCAUUGACACGCGACAAAUCACGGACACUGGAAUUUGUCAGUGCUGGUAAGACUGAAAUCUCUAUGCUUUUCUUCAUAGAUGUCGUCUCUUGCUAUGUAUUGCUGCCUCUGGUCUCGCUUUUUUUUUUUUUUUUGGCCUAUUCCUUUUUAUAUGUACCCACACCAGAGACCCAAAGCAUCGGUCCUUAGCAGAACUGCCAGUCGGCAGACAGCACUGCCUGAAACUUUAAACUCAUCCUGGCCGCCAGGCUCGGGGGCUGCGGGGGGGCAGAGCGGCUCUGUCUGGGGCAUGCGCUCACCUGCUCUGUGCAGGGGUCCCCUGCCUGGCCACUGGGCUUGGUCUGCUUUUUAGCAGCUGCCCAGUCAGCUCUCUAAGCGGUGUGGUGGGUUGAGGCAACUUUUCUGCCAACCCCUGUUAAGUAGCAACAUGGGGAAAACCCACUGUGCUGGUACAGAAAGCCCCCAAACAGGUGUUUUCCAAUAAAUAUCACCGCCCAGUUUAUACAGAUUUCCAUCUGGAGGGCUUCCCUCCCUGUCUCCCCCCACCCCCAAGGUUAUUUUUAAAAAAGAACCCCACCUUUGCCCAACAAGAGACAAACGCAACCCCUGCUUUGGCUUCAGUGCAAGGAGCACCAUGUCUGCCACUUUCCACUUUCACCGCCUCCUGCAGGUGAGGGGACUAGGGGGCAGCUGUGUCACCCACAGCAGCAGAGGAUGUCCCGGGCAGGCAGGGCGAGCACCUGCAGCUGCUUCUCCUUCAUGACUGGCUUUGAAACUGCCACCCCCAGAAAAUAGCCCACACGCCAGAGAGUGAAGUCCCCGUGCCGUGAGGGGGGGUUUUCACCUGCUGCUUCGGUUUGUCCCUAUCCCGGGCCACAUGGGAAAGAAAACAGCCCUGUUUCCUGAGCAGUUCUGAUCCAGAAACGAUCAGAAUUCUGCCACCAGGGGUCUUUAGAACUAGUGCUCAGGGUAAAGGGGAAUUUGGUUUUCACUUCAUCUAAUCACUAUAAAUUGUUAGGCUUUGGUGGAUAAUCGCUGAGAUCAAUAACCUGUUGUGGGAAUAAGUUAUAAUCAGUAUUCAUCUCUUUGUUUUUGUCACUGUUCUCUCUAAUUGUGUCCUUUGUAUCGUUUGAAAGUAUCUCUUCUAUAAAAUUAA